AUGCGAAAGUUUUUGGUGCCGAGAAAGCUGACCUUCUCACUCGGACUCUCCUGUCAGCUUGACAGCAACUGGCGCUGCUGUUCCUCCACCACCUCUUGGCCCACUUCCACCAGGGGCGACAGCAGUGUCGGCAUUGCGCCGAAGAAACCGAAGCGACGUAUCGUCCCUCACCUUGACGCGUCAGCGUUGCUUGACCGCGUCCCACGGGACCCCGGUGCCCACGCGGAGCUUUCAACAGCCGAGCUGGAGCGCAAGAUUGAAGAGUGGUCAAAGAUGAAUCCCCAGGAGCUCGAGGAGUUGUAUAAGCAACUGGAGAAGCAGGAGGAGGAAGAGAGUCGUGUGCUCACGGAGGACUCGCUCUAUCAAAUGGACGUAUCGAUGCGGGACCGCUCGCGCGCUGCUGUGCGUGUCUUCUGGAAAGAUGUCGACGUGAGCCCGCUUGACGGGCACGAGGGCUGGUACACUGUGCUGGUGGAUGGGCGCAAGGUAAAAGCGUUUGAGUCGACUAAUGUUCUCGCGAUACCGAGCGAGGCGAUGGCGUACUGCUGCGCGCGCGAGUACGCGGCACAGAGUGGCUACCUUAACAAGCUGCUAAUGCCCAUGACAGACAUGUGCAGUGGCGCGCUGACCGUAGCCCCGCAAAUGAUUGCCCCGCGCGUCGAUUACUUGAUGUCCUUCUACCAGAAUGACAACAUGUACUUCCGCGCGGCCCCGAUCGCGGAGGAGCAGGACCGCAUCAUAGGGCCUAUUGCGGAUUGGUUUGCACGCGUGUUUGAAGUGAAUGUGCCGCGAAUUGUUGGCAUCGGCCACGCACAGAUCCCACCCGGCGCCGUGCUAAAGGUUCGGGAUGCACUGCUGGCGAUGUCAAUGAACCCCUACCAGAUCGUUGCUAUGUGCGUGGCGGCCCAAUUUACCAGUAGUCUCCUCCUGCCACUUGCAAUGUUUAAUGGUGUCGUUGACCUCGCGACGGCCUUGUCGAUCAACCGCGCGGAGGAGGGACACAAUACCCGCACUGAAGGACUCAUCGAGGGGUACCAUGACAUUAGAGAGGCGGAUGUUGUCACAAAACUCUGCGCGUGUGCUGUGACGUGGCAGCUCAUGAAGGAUGUACCUCUCUCCAAGUGUCUGGAGGUUCCCCGUACUGCCCUCGCUGAUGAAGCACUCUGA